GAGACAGCUCAUCCACGCGGGCCUGGCGCGCACGAAGUUACAUUCGGACUGCUUACCUCUGCAUCGCAACCUGCCGCAGCAGAUCUGCGGCUGUCUGAGAGCUGGCGCCACCGGUCGAGUUCGUCAUGGUCGGCAGCCAGUAGGUGGGGAGAGCGCGGGGGAUGGCGAAGCUGGAUAAACGCUUCAGCACAUGGCUCAGGACUUCCUAAUCAGGAGCAACACAACGUACCUGGAGAGUGUCGGGACGGCCGAAGUCGACUUGGAUGACUUGUGUACCGAGCGACGUGGUCGAGGCCGGGUAGGUGAAGGCGGGACGGGUAUGCCAGUUGCACGUGAGACUAGAGCUGGACGAGUAGGUGCAUUCCCAUCGGCUCCUCUGGACGAUGGCGGACGGGUGUCUGCGCGUGUUGCUGAGGCGAUUGCUGAAAAGGACGAGCGGGAGACGGGCGGCGACGUGGAGAGCGGCGAGCUGCGCUGGCUGUGCUGGAUUACGGCGGGCUCACGGCGUUCACGCGUCAUAAUAAUCAACCCGACCUGUCUGGCUGUCUGGGCGGCUUUUAACCAAAAACAGGCCGGUGCACAGAAUCGAAAAACUCUGCUGCGCUUCUAUCGGGCCUGCUAGGGGCGCCGCGUGGGCAGCAGGCAAUCCGAGGCCCAGUCGAUCAAUCAAGGACGAAAGGGUCCACGGCGGUGAGGGCCGGUACCUGGGGCAAGUGUGUACUGGUACUUGGAGCGUGCACUCGUCGUUGAUGAAGGGCAGGGACAGUUGCGGGCCACAGUCGGGAAAGUGUAGGGGUUGUAGCGGCUGUCGUCGUUUGGUGCGGCGGGACUGGGAAGGG